GCCACGAAGAAGAUGGCUUCACCGCCGAAAAAAAAACACAGCUGUUUCCGGUCUGUGGCUCGUUGGUGCGAAACAGGGAAAUACACAAGUGCGUCAACGACUUGUCUCCUCCAAUCUUGCUGUUGAGCUAAAAUGUUGGCAACGAAAACCACCCCGUGACCUCACGAACGUCAGAAGAUUAUUGUUCGCAGUGAGGUUCAAUCUGAGUGCGACAUGGUCCCGUUGAAGAGACGUAAACGAUCAUGUGGUACCGACAGUACCGGGUCGGGAAGUGGGACGGAGGUGAAGUUCCCGGAGGUGGUGGUCUUCCUGCUAGAGAGGAAGAUGGGUCGGAGUCGGAGAGACUUCCUCUCUGGACUGGCGAGGACCAAAGGACUGCGAGUGGACGACAAGUUCAGCGAUGACGUCACUCACUUAGUCUCUGAAAACAACUCUGCGGAAGACGUCACAGCGUGGCUCCACCUGCAGGGCGGCGCUGCAGACCAGACAAGCCUUUGGAUUCUGGACGUCAGCUGGCUGACUGACAGUGUGAGGGAGGGAGGUCCGAUCCAGAUCCAGGAGCGACACAGACUCCAGGUGGACUUGCAGGGCUGUGCCUCCUUCGUGGUUCCUGCUUACGCUUGUCAGAGACUGACCCCUGUGGACCAUCAGAACCGACGUCUGACAGAUUCUCUCGUGCUGCUGGCUGAAAACGCCGAGCUGAACCAGGAUGAAGGUCGGGCUGUUGCAUUCCGAAGAGCUGCUGCCGUGUUGAAGGUUCUUCCUGCUGAAGUGACUUGUGCGAAGUACCUCCGAGGACUUCCUGGCGUUGGAGAACAUUCCCUGAGGGUCAUCAAGGAGGUGCUGGAGAGUGGGAAGUCCAGUGAAGUUGAAAAAACUAGGGCCUCUGAGCAAUUCAGAGCCUUGAAGCUGUUGACAGGGAUUUUUGGGGUGGGCCCGAAGACGGCGGAUCGUUGGUUCCGGGCUGGAAUUCAUGAUCUCGAACAGCUGCAGGCGUCGGGAGAGGUUCUGAACCGAGCGCAGCGGGCAGGUCUGCUCUACUACCAGGACCUGAACCACCCUGUCAGCAGAGAGGAGGCGGAUGCUGUGGAGGCGAUUGUGCAGGAGGCGGUCCUGACUGUGUGCCCGGGGGCCCAGGUCACCAUGGCGGGAGGAUUCCGGAGAGGAAAGCAGUCGGGUCAUGACGUGGACUUCCUGGUCACUCACCCUGAGGAGGGUGAGGAGGAGGGGCUGCUGGACCGGGCGCUGGUCUGGCUGGAGUCUAAGGGCUUCCUGCUGUACCACAAGACCAGCAAAAACUCCUACCUGGAGUCUGCAGCUGGCCCAGCCCAAUCCUCCACCAGCAUGGACCACUUUGAGAGGUGUUUCUCCAUCCUCAAGCUGGACCUGCGCCCAGAGCCCCAGUCGGCUUCUGCCUGGCUCAACCCGUGGAGAGCGGUCAGAGUGGACUUGGUGGUCUCACCGGCCAGCCAGUUCGCCUUCGCUCUGCUGGGCUGGACCGGGUCAAAGCUUUUUGAGCGAGAACUGCGGCGGUGGGCUGCACGGGAGAGGAGCAUGUCGCUGAGCAGCCACGCCCUCUACUGCCACACACAGGUACAGCAUGCUGCUAUGAUCCGGAACCAGAUGCAGAGUGGUGCCCUUGAACUCUGCUCUCUGUUGCCUCAGAGGAAGCACCUGCAUGCUGCCACAGAGCAGGAGAUCUUCUCUCACCUGUCGCUGGACUUUGUGCCCCCGACUGAGAGGAACGCCUGAACGGGGAACAAGACGCAUCAGGACAAAGGCAUGAGUCUGGCCCUGGGGCGACGUAGCCACUGAAGGUUGUCAUGUACGAGCACUUUCACACGUGCCACAUGACGAUGCAGACGUUCGGGUCUGACAGGGCCUUUGAUGUGAGAUGGGAUUCAGAGGCUAAUGAGGCUCUCUCUCUCACUCACACACACACACACUCCUCUCUAUGAUUUGAAUGGUUAACAGAGGAAAUGGAAAUAAGAAGUGGAGUAUGUUUCUCCUGUCAAACAUUUAUCAUGUUCAGUGAAAGCUGGUCCGCAGGAAGUGACAUUUUGAGCCAGUUGUUAUGACUUAGCAGUCAUUUGACUGUCACUUCCUACCGUGAGACGACUUGAUCUCCACGUCUCCUCGUCCCCCCACCACACCGGCUCGUCUUCUGGGACCUUUGAUGCGUGAUAGGGAUCAGUGUGUAAGAGACGGGGUGGGAGAGCUGGACCUCAUCCUUCACACACACAGAAACUAGUUCAGUCACAUGAAACAAUAGCUCCAAGUUUAAUUCUUUUCUCCAUAAUGGAAGGGAAUGUGGAAGAAUCAAUAAAGGUUUUCCAUGAUUUUUUGCUUCCUUUCUUUUGAAAUCCAGUUUUCUCAGGAAAGCGUCUUAAAUCGGUCGAGUUCAAGCUGUUUUACAGCUUGCAAACGUCAGUGACGUGGAGCCUUUUUGUCUUUGAGAGUUGGUGUCUGGAGUUGUGCGUCGUGGAACAUUAAUGGUGUCACACAGGUCAGAGGUCAGCCAUGAGAGAUUCAGACGAAGAAUAAUUCAGCAGAUUGGCAACACAAACCGUCAGAGGUGUGUGUGGAGCUGCGUCUC